AUGCCAGCCAUUCUGCCCGUUAGCAGAUGGGCUCAGUGGCAGCCGCUCGGCUCUGCCACUCUCAGCCGUUGCUGUGGUUACACAAGGGAAACUCAGGAGGACUCGCUGUGUGAGGCAAGCACGGGUGCCCCUCGCUGGCAUGAAAACCGGCGGCCGCUGCCCUCAGCCUCUCCCGUGUGGUCCCUUUCGAAGGAGGACAGCAAUUCCAAAACAGCACGUUCACGAAAGGGACGGCCGUCAGUGCAAAAUGAAACGAAAUGGAAAAAGGAGGAUGCAUGUCCCUUUUGUUGAAAGGACAAAGGAAGCAUUUUGUUUUUAUUCAUUCAGUUUCAUCCAGGGUGCACUGGGUGGUUUACAAAACGAAAACACCAAAAUACGCACCAUAAUUGCAAACAAAACAAUAUCCCCCGUGGUUUAGAAAGGCCACGGAUUAAUUUUUGUCUCCUUCGCGCCCUGUUUUCCAUAACAUUGUUGUUUCUCCCCUUCUCCUGCACCCUGUUUUCUAUCCCAUCAUAACCACAAUAUUAUAAUCUGAUUGCUUCUGUUGCUCAUAAGCUCAAAUCCUGCUUGCGAGGUCAUUGCACUAUAGUAGGCUUCUUCAAACUCGGCCCUCCAGAUGUUUUCGGCCUACAACUCCCAUGAUCCCUAGCUAGCAGGACCAGUGGUCAGGGAUGAUGGGAAUUGUAGUCUCAAAACAUCUGGAGGACUGAGUUUGAGGAAGCCUGCACUAGAGUAUUUCUUUAAGUAUACCUGAAGGAGCGUUAUACCUGAAGGAGCGUCUCCACCCCCAUCGUUCUGCCCAGACGCUGAGGUCCAGCGCUGAGGGCCUUCUGGCAGUUCCCUCAUUGUGAGAAGCAAAGCUACAGGGAACCAGGCAGAGGGCCUUCUCGGUAGUGGCACCCGCCCUGUGGAACGCCCUCCCACCAGAUGUCAAAGCGAUAAGCAACUACCUGACAUUCAGAAGACAUCUGAAGGCAGCCCUGUUCAGGGAAGUUUUUAAUGUGUGACAUUUUAGUGUAUUUUUGGAAGCCGCCCAGAGUGGCUGGGGAAACCCAGCCAGAUGGGUGGGGUAUAAAUAAUAAAUUAUUAUUAUUAUUUAAGUAGUCUGAAAAAGCCCUCCAGAUGUUUUGGACUAAAGUUCCCAUCAGCCCCAGCCAGGGAGCUGUAGUACAAAACAUCUGUUGGGUGCCAGCUCAAGGAAUCUGGAGGAGACCAAAGGUCUGAGGAGUGGAGAACAAGAAUGGGAGAGCGGUUUCACUCAUGUCUUCUUCACUUGAUGAUCUGACCCAGCGGAGAGCUCUCCUCGCGUACUUAGAGGGGGCUCUGUCCUCAAAACGUCUGGGAAACAGCGGGUCAAGUUAGGGCUGAGCUUUGCAAGCUGGAAGGCAGGGCUGCUUCUUGCCCCAUGGAAGAAAUCUCACCCCCAGUCUUGCCUAACAAUUCUCGCAAGCAUCAGAAGGGCUGGCAAGAAUCAGCGGAUCCCGAUUAAUCAUCAGUCAGCUGGGACAAGGGCAAGGACACGGUAUCUCCUCCCGACUUGUACUUUGGGCUCCGAACAAUCAUAAAACGAGGCAGCUUACAGAAGGCGGCGUUUUGCAACAGACUGAUCUUUUAAAAAAUAUAAAUAAAUAAAUUGUCCUGCAGCUGGUCAGCUCCUGUGUCAUGAACACAACAGGCAGCAAAUUCAUAAAAUCAAAAAUUGUAGAGUUGGAAGGGACCCAGGGGUCAUCUAGUCCAACCCCCUGCAAUGCGGGAAUCUCAACUAAAAUUCAAAAGGUAAUGCUCACCCCAACAUUAAGUAGGGAUGGCUGAAGUGUGUCAACGUCAGUCACCCGUUUCUCCUGUCUUAAAUUGAGUUUUCCACAUUUAUGCAGCAGUUUGUGAUUUCAUUCUUUAAAGAAAAAACUCCAUGAAAAGGUUGCGGCGUUUCGGUGCAUGUCUUUUGUGUGCAGUUUUUUCUAAUGUGCACACUUUUGCAGGAGUUUCCCCUAAUAUAUUGCAGGAUCCGGGAAAGAGUCAACAGGAGGACCCAUAGUUGUAUAUCAUAAUUUUAAUGUUACGAGCCAACCUGAGAUCUAGGGGUAUAGGCCAGUGUACAAAUUUAACAAAUCAUCAGCACCAACAGCAUUUCCAACAGCAGAAUCAGGAGAUUUGAAAGGAUGUACCCAGGUUUUGCAAGGUGGCAAAGCUCCUUCCCCCAGGAUGUUGCACAUUGUUUGCAGGAGCUCAGACAACUUUAUUUCUUUCCUUCUUCUUCUUCUUCUUCUUCUUCUUCUUCUUCUUCUUCUUCUUCUUCUUCUUUUUGUUGGUUCAGGUAUCAUAUAUUUUAACUGCUGUUCCAGUACAAUUAGGUUCUCAGAACAAAUUCAUACAAAGCAUAGGUUUUCAUGUUUCCUUUUCACAGAUCAGCAAUCUUAUCUUAUCUUAUCUUAUCACAGUUUGAUAGUUCUAUUUUUGUUGUUGUUGUUUAGUCGUUUAGUCAUGUCCGACUCUUCAUGACCCCAUGGACCAGAGCACACCAGGCACUCCUGUCUUCCACUGCCUCCCGCAGUUUGGUCAGACUCAUGCUGGUAGCUUCGAGAACACUGUCCAACCAUCUCGUCCUCUGUUGUCCCCUUCUCCUUGUGCCCUCCGUCUUUCCCAACAUCAGGGUCUUUUCCAGGGAGUCUUCUCUUCUCAUGAGGUGGCCAAAGUAUUGGAGCCUCAGCUUCAGGACCUGUCCUUCCAGUGAGCACUCAGGGCUGAUUUCCUUCAGAAUGGAUACGUUUGAUCUUCUUGCAGUCCAUGGGACUCUCAAGAGUCUCCUCCAGCACCAGAAUUCAAAAGCAUCCAUUCUUCAGCGAUCAGCCUUCUUUAUGGUCCAGCUCUCACUUCCAUACAUCACUACUGGGAAAACCAUAGCUUUAACUAUACGGACCUUUGUUGGCAACGUGAUGUCUCUGCUUUUAAAGUUCUGCUUACCUUCAUACAAAUUCAAACAGAUUUGCUUUGGAGGCUGUAAUGCAGGAAAUAUUAUGGUAUAGCAAGAAUUUACUUCCAAGCCAUAGAACAAAUCUGCAACAAGCAUUGCACCUUGCAAGUUAUCAGUUACAACAAAAACAGCUACUACAACAACAUCAAGUCAAUAUGCUUGUUGAAAAGUUCAGAAAUAUGCCAUUAUUUUUUCCACAACCACCAGGGGCAACUAGGUUCCAGGACUAUACUAUACCUGUUCAAAAACAGGAUGGGAAACAAACCAAUUACCACAAAAAGACAACUUUAUUUCUUGGACAAUGACCAUCUGCAUUUGCCAACUGGGAAGGAGAACCAAACUUCCCUGUUCAAAGCUAGUUCCUUUGCUUGCAAGGAGUUUCCCACUUUGACUCCCCAUGUUUUUGGUGUUGGUGCUGACCUUAAAAGCCCUAAACGGCCUCAGACCAGUAUACCUGAAGGAGUGUCUCCACCCCCAUCGUUCAGCCCGGACACUGAAGUCCAGCUCUGAGGGCCUUCUGGUGGUUCCCUCACUGCAAGAAGCGAGGCUACAGGGAACCAGGCAGAGGGCCUUCUUGGUGGUGGCACCCACCCUGUGGAAUGCCCUCCCAUCAGAUGUCAAGGAAAUAAGCAACUACAGUGGUACGUCAGGUUACAUAUGCUUCAGGUUACAGACUCCGCUAACCCAGAAAUAGUGCUUCAGGAUAAGAACUUUGCUUCAGGAUGAGAACAGAAAUCGUGCUCCGGCGGCACAGCAGCAGCAGGAGGCCCCAUUAGCUAAAGUAGUGCUUCAGGUUAAGAACAGUUUCAGGUUAAGUACGAACCUCCGGAACGAAUUAAGUACUUAACCUGCGGUACCACUGUAUCUAACUUUUAGAAGACAUCUGAAGGCAACCCUGUUUAGGGAAGUUUUUAAUGUUUGAUGUUUGAUUGUGUUUUUAAUAUUGUUGGGAGCCACCCGGAGUGGCUGGGGAAACCCAGCCACAUGGGCGGGGUAUAAAUAAAUUAUUAUUAUUAUUAUUAGGAUGUAUAUAAAAUCCCUGCUGAAUAUAACUACCUUCAUCUUCCUGGGGUAAACGCCCUCCUGCCUGGGCCCUGUUCUGAGGACACCCUUUCCUCCUCCUGACCAACGUGCUUUCCUUUCGUAGCGCAAUGCUGCAUCGCGAUCUUCGUCGGCCUCUUCUUCACCCGCUUCUGGCUGAUCAGCGCUCUGUACGCGGCCUGGUGGGCCUGCGAUUGGCACACGCCAACCAAAAGCGGGAGGAGAAUCCACUUCAUUCGGAACUGGGCAGCCUGGAGAUACAUGAAGGACUAUUUCCCUGCCACGGUAAGUGUGGAAGAUUUUGUGGAGGGUGUUUAAAUAACCUUUGUAAAGAAACCAGAAGCUUUCCUUUGGGGAAUUACAGUCAUAUCUCAGGUUACAGAUGCUUCAGGUUGCGUUUUUUCAGGUUACGGACGCUCCGGGUUACUUCUGGGUUUCAUAGGUCGUGCAUGCACAGAAGCGCUAAAUCGUUCAAAUAAACGUUGGAAGUAUAAGGAAAAGGAGGGGACAUUUUAUCGUAUGUGGUGGGAUUGUAAUGUAAUUAAAAUGGGAAAUGAUAUACAACGAAUUGAAGAAAAUGUUCCAUUUAACAUUUGUUAAAAAACCUGAAGCAUUUUUGUUAGGGAUUGUAGGGAAAGAUCUGCCAAAAAAGCUGAAAAACAUCUUCAUGCAUGCGACAACGGCCGCAAGAGUUUUAAUUGCACAAGGAUGGAACACUGAAGAAACCCCAACUAAAGAAUCAUGGCAACAAAAACUGAUGAACUAUGCAGAACUGGCAAAACUGACAUAUAAGCCACGGGACAAGGAUAACUGUGACUUUAAAGAUGAAUGGGAACCCUUUACAAAGUAUGUGAAGACACAACAAAGCGAAUUGGACUCCUUGGCAGGUUUUGAAUAAACAUUCACAAACUUUUUAUUGAUAAUAAUCAGCUAAAUAGUUUUGAGGAUCUAUACAGCUUUGUAGCAUGCAGAAAACAGCAUUCUUAGAGAAACCAAAGACUGGAACUGAGGGAAGUCUGUGGGUGGGGGCGGGUGGCUUUUGUUUGAGGGUGGGGGGAGGGAGAAAAAAUGGGGGGGGAAUAUAAGGAUGAUAUGUUUCUGGAUAAUGUUUUGUUCUAAUUUUGAAUUUAAAAAGUUUUUUAAAAUAGAAAAGAAGUGCCGAAUCGCAACUCACACGUACACAGACGCGCUGGUGCUGGUUGCGAACGCUGCAGGCUAUGAACGUGCUUCCCGCACGGAUCACGUUCACAACCCAAGUGUCCACUGUAUAGGGACAGAACUAUCUAAAUUGUAUAGAACAGGGGUUGGCAACUAAGGCCCAUGAGCCACAAGCAGUCCAUGGGGGUCAUUUAACUGGCUCCCAAGCUGCCCCCGAACUGAGGCGCCCACUCACAGAGUUCCCACGCGCAGCGCUAAACCUGUUAUGUAUUGAAGUUCUCACCCUGGGCCAGCAGGGGGAUACUGUAGAUAGUGUUCACUCAGGUCCACAUAUGCAAAUAAGGGAUUGAAAGUGACGUUCAGUGAUUGGAUAGUUACAGAAAGUUGUUACUGUUGCGUUCUAGUGGAGCUCUAUAUAAGCAGGCUGGCUGAACCCUUCAGUUCAGUUCUGUUCUGGCCUGUGAAUAAACAAGAGCUGUUUGAAGAAUCGCUGUGUUGUCUGAUAUGUCCACCCACAACUUAAUAAAACCGGCGUGGGGACUCGCUUCCACAGCGCCGAAAAACACAUCUGUGCAGAUGCAGAUGCCGGAAAUUGCGGGCGCACUCACUCACUCACACACACACACGAUCCAGCACACGGCAGGAUCUCCGCUGGAGUGAACCGGCCCAGGCGAGGUAAACCUUGCUGACCCCCGGUAUAGGAACUUAUACAUGUAUGCUAAUACAGCAGCAAGAAUGUUACCUGCCCCCAAAUGGAAAGAAGCAGAAGUUCCAGCAAAGGAAGAAUGGAUACAAAAACGUAUGGAAUAUAUGCAGAAAUGGUGAAACUUGCCAGAAGAAUUGGGACGCGGGUGGUGCUGUGGGUUAAACCACAGAGCCUAGGGCUUGCUGAUCAGAAGGUCGCCGGUUCGAAUCCCCGCGACAGGGUGAGCUCCCGUUGCUUGGUCCCUGCUCCUGCCAACCUAGCAGUUCGAAAGCACGUCAAAGUGCAAGUAGAUAAAUAGGUACCUCUCCGGCGGGAAGGUAAACGGCGUUUCCGUGCGCUGCUCUGGUUUACCAGAAGCAGCUUAGUCAUGCUGGCCACAUGACCCGGAAGCUGUACGCCGGCUCCCUUGGCCAAUAAAGCGAGAUGAGCAUCACAACCCCAGAGUCAUCCACGACUGGACCUAACGGUCAGGGAUCCCUUUACCUUUACCUUUACCAGAAGAAUAAGAAAUCAAGAUAACAAACUUUUUACAAAAGAUUGGAAAUGGUUUAUUGAAUAUUUACAGAUCAAUUGCAAACAGAUAAAAACAUUAGCAGGAUUAUUGUAACAACCUGCUGUUUAACAAGAGUAUGUAUUUAAAGUAGAUAAUCGAGUGAGCAAAUUAAAUGAAUCUGGAUAUGCAGAAGAUACAUAUGAAAAAAGAACCACAGAAAGAGGGGGAAGGAAGUCAAGUUUUUGGAAUGUCGAAAUGAUUGUAAAAUUCAGGAAAUGUAUAAACCUGAAAAGUAGAAAUAAAAAUUAAAAACAAACAAACAGAAAACUUUUUUUUUUUAAAGAAAGAGAUUUUGCGGAGGGGGGGAGCUCUUUGCCCUUCCUCCCUUCCGACAGCCCUCAGUCCUUAGAAAAAUUGCAGGGGGUGAAAUGGUUUCAUCUCUCUUUUUUAAAAAAAUAUUUUUUAUUAAGAAUUUCAACAUAACAAUUUAUCAAAAACAUGUCCCCUCUUUCCCCCCUAUUUUCCCCUCCCACCUCCCCCCAAAAAGAAAAGAAAACCCCACCCCCCAGACUUCCCUCAGCUCCUCUCUGUUUUUUUCAGUACACAUUAUUCUCUGCAUAUUAUAAAGUUGUAAAGAUCCUUAAUUUAUCUAUCUAUAUGUUACCAAUAAUAAAAUUGUGUAUGUUUAUUCAAAACCUGCCAAGGAGUCCAGUUCAUUUUGUUAUUUCUUUAGGUACUUUGUAAAAGGUUCCCAUUCUUCUUUGAAGUCACAGUUGUCCUUGUCACGCAGUUUGUGUGUCAGUUUUGCCAAUUCUGCAUAGUCCAUCAGUUUCUCUUGCCACUGUUCUUUUGUUGGGAUUUCCUCGUUCUUCCAUCCUUGUGCUAUUAAGAAUCGUACUGCCAUUGUCGCAUACUUGAAAAUGUUCUUCAGUUUCCUUGGCAGGGUCAAUCUCUUUCCAUUGUUGUUGUUUAGUCCUUUAGUCAUGUCCAACUCUUCGUGACCCCAUGGACCAGAGCACGCCAGGCACUCUUGUCUUUCACUCAUAUAUAUAUAUAUAUACAUGAUAAAUUGUACAUUCAAUGAAAAAUGUAUUUCAUAGGAUUGAAGGUGACCACGAGGGUCAUCUAGUCCAACCCCCUGCAAUGCAGGAAUCUUUUGCCCAACGUGGGGCUCGAACCCACAACCUUGAGAUAAAGAAUCUCACGCUCUUCCAAGUGAGCUAUUGAAACUGGUCUGGCCCUCCGUGAUUGUUGGAGAGGCUGUUAUUCCCUAGCUGAUGUUGGACUGCAACUCUCACCCUCCCUGACCAUUGGGCAUGCUGGCUGGGGGCGGGGCUGGAAUCCAACAUCUGGAAAAUGUCAUCUCUCCCCACGCCCCCCAAAUAUUGAGCCUGCAUGAAAUCUGCCAUGUGACACUUAUCCAGCAGGUGGCAGCCCACAACCAGUCUUGGCUCCAAGGAACGUCCAUGUCAGUCUGAAACGCCAAAGACAUUUCCCCUGUAAAAUGCUGGGAAAAGAUGGAGAGCUGUUAAUAAGGGAGCUUUGAGAAGGAUCACAGCAGCAGGGAAGGAUGCAAAGCGCUCUAGAGAUUACUAUUAAACUACACAAUAUUUGCGGGAGCCUGCAACCUGUGGAGAAUAUUCUGGGUUUCUGGGGGUUUUCCUGUUGCUAUUCUGUCUCUCACAGCUACAAUAAACCUACCAUUAAAAUUAUGGACUGGACAUUUCCUCGUCAGAGUGCAAACGGGCAUAUUUAGCAGGGGAUCAAAUACUUCCCCUCCCCCCCCCACUGUAUAGUAGAUUGGGAGAUAUCGGAGGCGCAGUUAGGUUAGCCAGAGUGGAAUUGAGCUGGGAAUCAGCUGACCAGCUCAGCUGAUAAGAGCAUGAUGAUGAUGAUAGAUUUUAUUUAUACCCCACCCUCCCUGGCCAGAGCCGAGCUCAGGGCGGCUAACACCCAAUAAAAUCACAGUAAAAGCAUAAUUGGCGGGGGUGGGGACCAAUUUAAAAUACAGGUUAAAAUGCAAUUUAAAAUGCAACCUCAUUUUAAAGUAGCCAAUAAAUCAAGACCAUAAGGGGAGGGAAACAUAAGGGUCAGACUGAGUCCAAACCAAAGGCCAGGCGGAACAGCUCCGUCUUGCAGGCCCUGCGGAAAGAUGUCAAGUCCCGCAGGGCCCUGGUCUCUUGUGACACCAAGUCGGGGCCAAGUUCCACCAAAUCGGGGCCAGUGCUGAAAAGGCCCUGGCUCUGGUUGAGACCAAUCUAAUCACCUUGCGGCUCCAAAGUGUUGUCAUUUGUGGACCUUAAGGUCCUCCGCAGGGCAUACCAGGAUAGGCAGUCCCGUAGGUCAAUGGCCCAGACCCGUGGCCCAACUAGGCCAGCAUCCUGUUCUCACAGUGGCUCAAACAGUUGCCUUUGAGAAACCAGCAAGCAGGAUUUGAACCCAAGAGCCCUCCCCCCUGCUGCGGUUUCCAGCAACUGAUAUUCAGUUGACUCCAGCUGUGGAGGCAGAGCAAAGCCAUGUGGCUGGGAGCCAUCGAUAGCUCUCUCCUUUGUAAAUGUAUGCAAUUCUCUUUUAAAGCCAUCUAAGCCGGUACCUGUUGUCUUUGUCCAUGGAGUUUUCUUGGAAAACUCCAUCUUAAAAAGCAUCUUAAAAAGGAGAGACAUCACCUUGCUAACAAAGGUCCAUAUAGUUAAAGCUAUGGUUUUCCCAGUAGUGAUGUAAGGAAGUGAGAGCUGGACCAUAAAGAAGGCUGAUGGCUGAAGAAUGGAUGCUUUUGAAUUCUGGUGCUGGAGGAGACUCUUGAGAGUCCCAUGGACUGCAAGAAGAUCCAACCAAUCCAUUCUGAGGGAAAUCAGCCCUGAGUGCUCACUGGAAGGACAGAUCCUGAAGCUGAGGCUGCAAUACUUUGGCCACCUCAUGAGAAGAGAAGACUCCCUGGAAAAGACCCUGAUGCUGGGAAAGAUGGAGAGCACAAGGAGAAGGGGACGACAGAGGAUGAGAUGGUUGGAUGGUGUUCUCGAAGCUACCAGCAUGAGUUUGACCAAACUGUGGGAGGCAGUGGAAGACAGGAGUGCCUGGCGCGCUCUGGUCCAGGGGGUCACGAAGAGUCGGACACGACUAAACGACUAAACAACAAAAGCCUGUACCAAUUGCUGCCUCCUGAGGCACGGAGUUCCACAGUUUAACUCUGUGCUGCGUGAAGAAGGGUUUUCUUUCAUCUGCGCUGAAUCUUCCAACAUUCAGCUUCGACAAGCUUGAUUGUGGCUCUCAGGGCUUUUAUCUUUUCCAUUCAUCUUUACUUCUCUGGAAGGUGUUGAUAUCGAGCAAAUCUUGUGUGGCUUCACAUGAAUCUCUAUAGCACAUUCAAGCUGAUCACAAACUCUUCUUGGUGAGGAUGCUGAGGCCUAGAGUGACCUUCAUGGGUGAAUUUGGGUCCAAAUCCAUGUGAAGUGUUAAUUGUAUGGGGUGCAUGUGUGAAGUUAGGAGAUCAGACACAAAGCCUUGAGGGACUUACCAAGUCUUUUGAGGUGCCUGUAAUAAACGUAAAUCUGCCUUAUUCCCUUAUGGGGGACGCAAGAGCUCUUAUAGAGUCCUUUGCAGGUUCUCCAUCGGUUGGAGAAAAUAACAGAGGCCAACCAGAGAAUAUUGAGAAGCAAAGCAGCUAGUAAGCCUGAUCUUUAUUGAACUGUUGCAACAGGGUGUCCCCUUCACACGCAGGAGAAAGAGGAGGACCCAGAACAAAGGUGUGUCCGCCCUUAUAGAGACAUUUUAAAUUACCUGCCUUGGGAGUCCAAGACCACCCCCAGAUACUUACAUCACAAAAGAGGUGGUCUACAACAGAAAUCUGAGUGCAUUGUUUUUACCCUGUCUGCCAGGUUACCUGUUAACGGUCACUUGACUGGGUUACCUGGGGAGCCUGGCCAGUCUUUUGUAAUGACACAUACCUAGUUCCUGAGUCCAGGUCACAAGCUCAACUUACUCAUACACAGACAUACCCUUAAGACAGGAUUUGUGAACAAAAAGACAAUGGGGAGGGCCCCCACCUCCUCCCUCCUUGCAGAGAAAACAUUUGGUCAGUUUGGGAGUGACAAUGGUUUCAGGGCGGUCCUCCUGUGCUGCUCCAGACAUGUCCCAUCGCACCCUUUGGCUUAAUCCAUCGAAUCGGGAGCCACAGGAACGGCAAAAUCCCAUGCACCCCAACCGGAGACGACACUCCUGAGCUUGCUCUGAAGCACCCUGAGCUACAAGGUCUGUCCAGUCUCCUACAAACCCACCCUUGGAGUGGGAAGGUGGAACUCGUAGAAGAAGAAGAAGAAGAGUUUGGAUUUGAUAUCCCGCCUUUCACUCCCCUUCAGGAGUCUCAAAGCGGCUAACAUUCCCCUUUCCCUUCCUCCCCCACAACAAACACUCUGUGAGGUGAGUGGGGCUGAGAGACUUCAGAGAAGUGUGACUAGCCCAAGGUCACCCAGCAGCUGCAUGUGGAGGAGCGGGGAAGCGAACCCGGUUCACCAGAUUACGAGUCCACCGCUCUUAACCACUACACCACACUGGCUCUCAAUAUGGUCACCCCUAUUCUUCCCUCUCCCCCUCCAUUAGCUUCUUAUUUUGGGUUGCUGCUGAAGUAUAGGUGGGUUCCCACGACGCAAGACACAGGGAUAACAGCAAGAACCUUGAUUGAGCUACAUAACUGGGAAACAGGGGUGAAGCAACUGCUUACAUAUAUUCCUGAAAGCCCGGGCCACUCCCACUCCCAACGUGAUUGGCUGUCUAAACUUCCAAGCUGCGAAUCGCAACUCAGAGUUCAAGGGCCAAUGGCAGAGGCCCGAAUCCUGAAAUGUUCUGUGAUUGGGCACCGUGUAUCGAAUCAGAACACAGGAGCUCAGUGUUCUUAGUCCAGACUCCAGCUCAGGCAAACGCAGACCGCUGAAUACAUCACACCAGUUGGACUUCGCUUCCUGAAGAAAUACCCGAGUUAUGUACUGAGUUGAAUAGGAUCCAGAAUGCAGCAGUUUGAUUGGUCCUAGAACAAUAGGAUUCAGAAUGCAGCAGUCUGAUUGGCCCUAGAACAACAGGAUUCAGAAUGCAGCAGUCUGAUUGGCCCUAGAACAAUAGGAUCCAAAAGGCAGCUGUCUGAUUGGCCCUAGAACAACAGGAUUCAGAAUGCAGCAGUCUGAUUGGCCCUAGAACAACAGGAUUCAGAAUGCAGCAGUCUGAUUGGCCCUAGAACAAUAGGAUCCAUUAUGCAGCAGUCUGAUUGGUCCACAGGAGCCACCCAAUCCAGGUCCAGGUGGAAGUGAAUCCGCAACCUGAUUGGCCUACAGGUGAAUCCCGGAAUUAGCCAAUCACAUGGGGCCCAUUGUGUAAAUAAUGUAUAUAAAGCAGACAUUCUGGGGGAACUUACAUUCCUCCUCACCACUAUGAGCUGAAUAAAGAGCAUGAAAUCCACUCUCGACUCAGAGUAUAUUUCAACCCGGAGCUCUCAUUUUCCCAAACUGGUCUUUUGGACGUGCGGUUCUUCCAUCGGCUCUCAAAGCGCCAAUCAGGUGCCUGCCAAUUCCAGAGGCGAGAGCUGGAUUUCCUUGCCACCCUCCCGGUGUGGAGCUGUGUGUUGAAGGUUUCUUACCUGAGGCUUAGCCACUCCCGAGAGAUUAACCAGAGCCCUCUAAUCUUCCCAUAAUAUCUCUGUGGCACAAACGAAGGAGUGUGUCUGGGGAUAAAGAGGUGAAGUGAUGAUGGGACCUGGGCUCCCUGCCCACCCACCCUUUGCCACCGUUAAUCCAGGAAGUGGCGCUCCAAGACCCAGGGGCAGAGAGAAGGAAGAGAGACACAAAGGAGAUGUGCUAUCUGAAGGACUGUCACACAGAAGAUGGAGCCAGCCGGUUUUCUGCGGCUCUGGAGAGAAGCACCAAUGGAUUGAGAUACGACGACUGUUUAUAGCCAGAGAAAAUAAUAAAAUAUUCCUUUAUGCUACAGGGGCUGCGAGAACACUAAUUGCCAAAAAUCGGGGGGGGGGGGGGGAGAAACAAUACUGUCAAAAAGAGAGUGGUGAGAUCAAUUAUUUUACUACAGUGGUACCUCGGGUUAAGUACUUAAUUCGUUCUGGAGGUCCAUUCUUAACCUGAAACUGUUCUUAACCUGAAGCACCACUUUAGCUAAUGGGGCCUCCUGCUGCUGCCGCACGAUUUCUGUUCUCAUCCUGAAGCAAAGUUCUUAACCCGAGGUACUAUUUCUGGGUUAGCAGAGACUGUACCCUGAAGCAUCUGUAACCACUAUAUAUAAAAACAUAAUAAAACAUAAAACUUUUUUUUUAAAAAAAAAAAUCUUCCCCAUACUGGACUGCCUUCAGAUGGCUUCUAAAGGUCCUUGACUUAAGGGUUGCAUAACUCCAUACCCUCCAACAUUUCUCUGAUGAAAAUAGGGACGUCAUAAGGCAGGGGUUUUCAACCAUUUUGGGUCCACGGCUCCCUUGACCAACUACGUUCUUUCUGCGGCACCCCUGUGGGGCUCAGGAACCCAGCUAUGUCCCCCCUUGCCUGCAGAGACACCAUCCCCUCACCCCUUUUCAACCCCACCCCAUCUGCCCCAAAGAGGUGCCUCUUCACGCCGCCCCUCACGUGAUUUGGGCAUUAGGACAGUUUAUAAUUUGAGCAAGCAAGGAAUAGUGUUAAGGAGAUCUGUGCAGAAACACCCGAAUGGCUCUUAAUAGCUGCAUAAUAGUUCCAACUGUUGGCUGCCCUGGGCUCUGGAUGGAUCCAUUUAAUUUUUGAAGAGAAUUUAUGCAAAGAGUGCUGUUAUGUACUGAGUUGAAUAGGAUCCAAAAGGCAGCAGCCUGAUUGGUCCUAGAACAAUAGGGUCAAAAAUGCAGCAGUCUGAUUGGUCCUAGAACACUAGGAUUCACAAUGCAGCAGCCUGAUUGGUCCUAGAACAAUAGGGUCCAAAAUGCAGCAGUCUGAUUGGUCCUAGAACAAUAGGAUUCACAAUGCAGCAGUCUGAUUGGUCCUAGAACAAUAGGGUCCAGAAUGCAGCAGUCUGAUUGGUCCACAGGAGCCACCCAAUCCAGGUCCAGGUGGAAGUGAAUCCGCAACCUGAUUGGCCUACAGGUGAAUCCCGGAAUUAGCCAAUCACGUGGGGCCCAUUGUGUAAAUAAUGUAUAUAAAGCAGACAUUCUGGGGGAACUUCCAUUCCUCCUCACCACUAUGAGCUGAAUAAAGAGCAUGAAAUCUACUCUCGACUCCGAGUAUAUUUCAGGUGGGAUGGGAAAAAGCAAAACUGAGAAGGGACGUGUUCCUCAGGUUAAAGACUUGCACCCUGGGAUUAAGUCGGAUUAAGGAAAUGCACUAGCAAAGGCAGGGCUCUGAUAUCGUGUACUCGGAGGUUUUCAACGUUCUUGAGUCCAAGGCUCCCUUGGCCAACUAUAUGCCCUCCGAGCCUAAGAAACCCAGCUAUGUCACCCCCUUGCCUGCAGAGCCGGCAGCCCCUCACCCCUUUUCAAACAACCUCCCCUGUGGAGUGUUUCCCUCAGCCUCUUCUAUCCCCUUUCCUUGGGAGUCCUCUGGGCAGCCGCCGCCCCUGGUCUCUGAGGGGGCCCCAACCCCAAAGAGAGGUGCUUCUUCACGUGGCCCCACAGGGGCCUGAGAAGAUGCCCCCAGCCUCAGGGACCCGACAGAGACUGGCCAAAGAUGAACAUGAGGCAGCAGUGGCGGCAGCAGGUGCCAUGCGCUUGCAUGGUGGAAAGGCUCCCCUUUGGUGCCAGACACUCAGCUCCCAGGCAGGCAUUGCACACAGCAAGCACAAGAAAGCUCAGUGUGACGCCUGCCUGCCUGCCUGCCUGGCGUCCCCCUUGCCCAUCCAUUCCCAACAGCAAAAGCUGGGCUUCCUCACCCACUUGCUUGCUUACCCUGAAGCCGCUUCAGCUCCUGGCAACCAGUAUCCCCUGGCCAGCUUCUGCAAGAAACGACCACACAAGGCUUUGGGAGGCAGAGAGGUGAGAGGGCAUCAGAAGAGGAGAAAAGGAAGGAAAGAGAGAUGGAGGCCAGACCAUAGCUGUCAACCGUCCCUUAUUUGGUGGGAAACUCCCUUAUCCCAGCGUCGUGUCCCGCUGCUGUCCCUUAUUGAUGAUGUCCCUUAAAUUUCCUGGGUUUCAAAGGAAGCAGCUCCUCUCCCUCCCUCCCUGCCGGCCAGGGAGGAGGGAGGCUCCAACUGUGUUGCUUGGCUGCGUUGCUCACCCAAUAAGGAGUCUAAGAAUGGCUGGGGGGUGGAGCUUGCAUGCCUUGUGCCAAUCAAAUCGGCCGCAUUGCCUGGGACUCGCCUUUGCUCAGCGCUCCCCAGCAGAGAGGAGACGGUGGUUUUCCUUGCUGCAUCCCCCUUGCCAGGUUGCUGCGCUGUGGGAACCACCGCUUGAGGCUUCGUUUGCUUGCUGGCUGGGCUUUCUGCCUUUGGCUCGGAGGGGCUCAGAAGUUGAACAUACCUGUGCUUGGAAAAUCCCUUAUUUUGGCUGCUGAUCCCUUAUUUUCGAGGCUGCUGGUCCCUUAUUUUCAAAUCUGUAUGUUGACAGCUAUGGGCCAGACUUGCCCAUGGCACCCCUGACCAUCCCUCAGGGUCCCAUGGUACACUGCUUCAAAACCACUGUCCUAAGGAAAAGCGGGACAUUUGGGUAUCAAAUCAGAAACCGGGACGGCUUCUGUAAAUCCAGGGCUCUCCCUGGAAAAUACAGACACUUGGAGACACCUCAAUUUCAGUGGCUCUAGAGUAACCUCUGUCCGACAGCGGAGGGCGGCGGCGUACAAACAAACUUGCUGUCCAAUGAUCGGGAUCCUGCUGCCUUCUCACCUCCCCUGCCCAGUUGCCUUAGUCAAACAACGCACUCCGGAAGAGCCAUUAAGCAAGAUUACCUUGUAUAACAACCUGGAGAGCAUUAUGUAAGGCCUCCAGGCUCUUCUUAGGAUGCGAAGGCCGGUACCAUGGCAACCAGGAGUUGGGCGAGGGAUGAGAGACCUCCUCUUUGGCAAAGGAGGGUAAACAGGGCCGGGUAAUCAUUAAAGAGAAACGUCCACUGUUUAAUGGAUGUGCUCCGGCGAUGAUGCUUACUCCACAGUUGUUGUUUGUGUUGUGUUGUGGCCUACUCCCAAGUAGAACAUGAAGAUCCCUGUUGGAUCAGGUUAAUGACCAGAUGCCUUUUGGAAGACCCCGAGCAGGAUUCAAACACAAGAGAACCCUCCCCUCCUGUGGUUUCCAGCAACUGGUGUUCAUUUUUAAAGAAAACAUUUUUAUUUGAUUUUACAAAUAUCAAUUUAUAACAAUCCAAAUUUAGAUUUCUCCGAAUCUCAAGACUUCCUCCCUAUCCGCUCCGUGGGUCCUAUUGUCAACAUUUACAACUGCGUAUUAUUCCAUUGAUGACAGAAAGUGAGGAGGAAUUAAAGAACCUUUUAAUGAGGGUGAAAGAGGAGAGCGCAAAAUAUGGUUUGAAGCACAACAUCAAAAAAACGAAGAUCAGGGCCACUGGUCCCAUCACCUCCUGGCAGAUAGAAGGGGAAGAAAUGGAGGCAGUGAGAGAUUUUACUUUCUAGGGCUCCAUGAUCACUGCAGAUGGUGACAGCAGUCACGGAAUUAAACGACGCCUGCUUCUUGGGAGAAAAGCAAUGACAAACCUAGACAGCAUCUUAAAAAGCAGAGACAUCACCUUGCCGACAAAGGUCCAUAUAGUUAAAGCUAUGGUUUUCCCAGUAGUGAUGUAUGGAAGUGAGAGCUGGACCAUAAAGAAGGCUGAUCGCCAAAGAAUUGAUGCUUUUGAAUUAUGGUGCUGGAGGAGACUCUUGAGAGUCCCAUGGCCUGCAAGAAGAUCAAACCUAUCCAUUCUGAAGGAAAUCAGCCCUGAGUGCUCACUGGAAGGACAGAUCCUGAAGCUGAGGCUCCAAGACUUUGGCCACCUCAUGAGAAGAGAAGACUCCCUGGAAAAGACCCUGAUGUUGGGAAAGAUGGAGGGCACAAGGAGAAGGGGACGACAGAGGACGAGACGGUUGGACAGUGUUCUCGAGGCUUCCAGCAUGAGUUUGACCAAACUGCGGGAGGCAGUGGAAGACUAGAUUGCCUGGCAUGCUCUGGUCCAUGGGGCCAUGAAGAGUCGGACACGACUAAAUGACUAAACAACAACAACAUUAUUCCAUAAUCUAUAUUGUGUACCCAUCUAUAUCAUCCAUGGUAUUUGUUACAAGUGUGAUUGAAAUCCUGCUAAUGUUUUUAUCGGCUUGCAGUGGUCUCCUAUGUAAGUUAUAAAUUUUCCCAUUCUUUUUUUAAAAAAAUUGUCCUCUUGGUUCCUGAGGUUUCCAGUCAGCUUUGCCAUUUCGGCCUAGUCCAUCAGCUUUACUUGCCAUUCCUUCCUGGUAUGGACUCUUUCUUCUUUCCAACUCUGGGCUAGUGGCAUCCGUGCGGUUGUUGUCACAUACAUAACAAGUCCCUUCUGUUCCUUUGGAAUGUCGUUACCUGUAAUUCCUAAUAGAAAAGCUUCUGGUUUUUUAACAUUUUAAACAUUUUUCCCUGUUUCAAUAAAAAAAGUGCUCUUUCUUGGGUUUCAAAUAACUGAAUUAUGCUGCAUAGUUCAAUAAUAUAUUUUACCAAUCUUGUUUACUUCUAUGGUGGAGGCUUCUUUCUUCUAUCAGGGCUGUAAUAAUGCUUGUGUUUGCUCAGCAGCACAUGUGCGCCAUGGUAAAUCUGGAAAUGGAAUUUUUUUUGUGAUGCCCCCCUUCCCUUGAUGCCCUAAGCACAUGCUUAUUUUGCUGAAUGGUUAACGGUUAACUCAGCCCUAGUUCCACACAAUAUAGGAACCAGGCCUUUAGUGCGGUGGCUGUUAGAAUUCCUGCUCCGUGAUUGCAGUCAUGGGAUUGUUGUCUUUCACAUGAUGGUAUAUGUUUUGACCCCACAGAGUGGGAAGUGACGGAGACAGGAUGUUUGUGUUGCUGUGUUCCGUGAAGUGGGACUAUUGUCCUUCUUUUUUUCUCUCUUUGCUGUCUGAUGCUAGAGAGAGAGGGAGCCAUGUUGCAGUGCUCCGUGUGUGUUUAUAUGUAAAUAAAGUACCAUAUUUUCCAGCGUAUAAGACGACCCCCCAACUUUUCCAGUUAAAAUAUAGAGUUUGGAAUAUACUCACCGUAUAAGACUACCCCUCUUCCAACGCACACCAAAUAAAAAUUUAAAAAACCAGUCUCCAGUCCGGCUCGGAAAUCCGCUCCACUUCCCAGUGGCCGGGGGCUUCUGGGGCCAAUUUUCAAGCAUAUUUCUGCUUCAUCUAGAGAGCUUGGUGUCCUCUGAUUUAAAUUGCUGUCGUUUUAUCCUUUGGUGGGGAGUUGCUGCAGGAGCUGCUGCUGUAGCCAGCAUAUAAGACGACCCCCGACUUUUGAGAAGAUUUUCCUGGGUUAAAAAGUAGUCUUAUACGCAUAGCUGUCAACUUACAGAUUUGAAAAUAAAGGACCAGCAGCCUUGAAAAUAAGGGACCAGCAGCCAAAAUAAGGGACCUGCAGCCUCACCUGUUCCAGGCACUCCAGUCUUCCUUUCCUCCUGCAGUCUGCUCAAACUCAUGCUGGUAGCUUCGAGAACACUGUCCAACCAACUUAGUAACCAGAGGUUCAACUGAAUAGAAUCUGAAUCACAUGCACCACAAGGCCUAUGCAACUUAAGAUGGCUUCCCGGCCUGGCUUUGCACUGCAAAGUUUGCAGCAGCACAUGCAACAAAAUGGCGUCCAGCAUUCAAAAAUCCCCUCAGCUUGCAUUAACUAGCCACACACAAGGCAUGCAAGCUCCACUCCCCAGUCGUUCUUAGACUUCUUAUUGGGUGAGCAACACAGCCAAAGCAACACAGUUGGAGCCUCCCUCCUCCCUGGCCGGCCGGCAGGGAGGGAGGGAGAGGAGCUGCUUCCUUUGAAAUUUAAGGGACAUCAUUUAAGGGACAUUUAAGGGACAUCUAUCAAUAAGGGACAGCAGCGGGACAUGGCGCUGGAAUAAGGGACUGUCCCUUCAAAUAAGGGACACUUGACAGCUAUGCUUAUAUGCCAGAAAAUACAGUAGAUUAGCCAAAAUGCUGAGUUGCUGAGGUCUGUUAUGCAAACUGUGAAGACUCUGCGGAUCCCUAAGUGUGCCGAUGUCUGUUGCUAUCGGUCGCUGUGAUGUUCGGGCUGAAGAAAGCUUUUGAAGCUCCCGAACGAUCGACCAGGAGGGAGAAAACAUGCCAGUCGGGCAUGUGUCUCUGCAGGGUCCUACUCGAGUGUAGGCUGAGCUCCUGACAGUGGCGUCUACCCUUUGGAACUCCCCUCCCCAUGAAUAUUAGGCAGGUGCCAUCUGUGUUGUCUUUUCGGGGCCUACUGAAAGCCUUCCUCUUCCAACCUGUCUCUUAAGUAGAGCUCUUUCCCCAUCCGCCUCUGUACUGGGAGUGUUCUUUUCAGGUGAUUUAGUUGUUGAUUUUUCCAGCCCUUUAGCCUAAGUGGUGGGUUCUCCUCAUAGCUGUCAACUUACAGAUUUGAAAAUAAGGGACCAGCAGCCUCAAAAAUAAGGGAUCAGCAGCCAAAAUAAGGGAUUUUCCAAGCACAGGUAUGUUCAACUUCUGAGCCCCUCCGAGCCAAAGGCAGAAAGCCCAGCCAGCAGCCAAAACAAGCCUCAAGCGGUGGUUCCUACAGCGCAGCAACCCAGCAAAGGGGAUGCAGCAAGGGAAACCACUGUCACCUCUCCACUGGGAAGCACUGAGCAAAGGCGAGUCCCCAGGCAACGCGGCCAAUCUGAUUGGCACAAGGCAUGCAAGCUCCACCCCCCCAGCCAUUCUUAGACUCCUUAUUGGGUGAGCAAUGCAGCCAAGCAACACAGUUGGAGCCUCCCUCCUCCCUGGCCAGCAGGGAGGGAGGGAGAUGAGCUGCUUCCUUUGAAACCCGGGAAAUUUAAGGGACAUCAUCAAUAAGGGACAGCAACGGGACACAGCGCUAGGAUAAGGGACUUUCCCGCCAAAUAAGGGACGGUUGACAGCUAUGGUUCCCCUUCCUUGCAGCUUUCUGAACAGAGGUUAGAUGCUCAGGGGAUUCCUUAGCCGGGAUUCCUGCAUUGUGUGUGGGGUUGGGCUGGAUGACGCUUGGGGUUCCCAUCCAACUCAACAAUUAUACAAUUCAGUUGGUGGAGGGAAGGCUGAGUCCCAUUUGCCCCACUGGACCAGACUCCACUGGAGAUAUUGAUGGACAGGAAGGGAAUCCAAGCCGUGAAACCAGAUGUUCCAGGCUGGGGACAUUGCAAAACCAGAGAAAAUUCCCUCUUUAUCCUGCUCUCACUGAAAUGACUCUAUAAGGAAAAGCAAACAGCUGUGGUGAUGGCCGAGGCACGAAGGCUCACAGCCUGGGCUCUGUAAAAGUCUAAUUGAUCUGUAAAAGUCUCAUUAAUCAGGAAGAUGGGCAAGGGAAGCCAGUCAUCGGCCACUGAGAUCUGAGAGCGCCUGAUGUUGUUGCGGAUAAAUGAGCUCCAGGCAGAGGGAGAUUCUUAGAAAUAAGACAAGGGGAAGCUGUUAGGUUAUCUAACUCGGCCAGCCUCCCCGCUAGCUUGUUCCAAGAAAUAAGUGCUCUAAAGGGAAAUGUCUUAAUGGGAAAUAAAGGAGAGUCUCCCCAUCUACCCCUGGAAUCUGCUCCCGGAGUUGGGCAAAAUGUAAAUCAGGACCUGAUCGCAUUUAUUGGUUUUAAAGUUCAUUGAGUCAACAACAUUUAUACACUGCUCGGUUGUCAUAAAACCCCGGAGAGGUUUUGCAAAGCAAAACUUGAUAUUGUCAAUAAAACACAGUUGAAAACGUUACAAUUACAAUAAACUAAAAACGAAUGAGCGACACCUGCAACUGCUACAUGUGUGGGCAGGCUUUUUUAAACCAAAAUGUUUUUAGCUGGCACCAGGAAGAUUAUACCUGCUUAAUUUCAAUAGGCAGGGAGUUCCGAAGUGUAGCAGCUGCAACGCUAAAAGAUUGAUUUCCUAUCGUUGUGGAACUGUGGCAUCUGUCAAGAUGCCAGCUCUGUAGAUGGAGGAGGUUGAGCGAGCAUAGAUGGGAGAAUGCGAUCCCUGAGCAGAUCUUGGGGUGGUUUGCAGCAGAUCAGCAAGAUUCUGAUCCUGCUCUGAAACCCUGGAGAGCCAUUGCCAAUAAGUCUUGACUGAGCACAAUAGAUCCAAUAGUUUGACUGGGUGAAAGGCCGUCUCCAAUUGCCACCCCAAUCUCUGAGCGGUGCGAGAUUUCUGCGGUUCCUGACGCUUGCCCAGGGUCCAUGUUUUACCUGAAGGCACAAGGGAGACUGCAGUGUCUUUAUGAUAGAUGGUGUGUUUUUAUUUUUUACAAAGGUUAUUUUUUUGUUAAAUUUUUAUUCAUUUUCAACAACAAUCUUCCAAUUAAUGACAAACCAGUCCAAAUUACAAUAAUAACAAUACCACCAAUCAUAUAUUCCAAUUAUAAAGAUUUUUGGGAGGGACUUCCCGUGUUCCAGAUGUCUAGAGAUGAUCAUCCUCAUUCAUGUCUCUGCAUUUUUGGCUAUUUUUCAAAUUCAAAACUAAUAUUAUCCAUCCUUAUUCUCAGUCUGAUCAGUCGUUGUUUCUGUGGCUCACAUCUUCUGUAGCAAAGUUUUUACAUUGUUAACGCACAGGAGGCAUCCCAUGCCCCCAUAUUAUUAUCUGUCCGGUAGGUAGCCGUGUUGGUCUGACACAGUAAAAAUACCGUAUUUUUUGCUCUAUAAGACUCACCUUUUUCCCUUCUAAAAAGGGGAAAUGUGUGUGCGUCUUAUGGAGCGAAUGCAGGCUGCGCAGCUAUCCCAGAAGCCAGAACAGCAAGAGGGAUUGCUGCUUUCACUGCGCUUCUGAGAUGCAGAAUAUUUUUUUUCUUGUUUUCCUUCUCCAAAAACUAGUUGCGUCUUAUGGUCUGGUGCGUCUUAUAGAGCGAAAAAUACAGUAUAUAAAAAAAAUCUGAAGAAGUGUGCAUGCACACGAAAGCUUAUACCAAGAACAAACUUAGUUGGUCUCUAAGGUGCUACUGGACAAUUUUCUAUUUUUUUAUAUAUUCUGUCCAAUUAUAUUGGUGUUCAGUCCUCUUAGCCUUUGUUCGUCAAGUUCUCAUUAAAGGCACUGGGCUUCGUUCCAAAAAUAGAGUUUAUAAAUGGCAAGUCAACAAGUUCUCUCUGAUGUCUACAAAGGUUAUUUUAAGCAUCCUUUUCAUUUCUGGCUCACCAUCCCAGGUAGCCAAUGGUCCCCUUUCUCGCCAGGAACAGAAGGUUUCCUUACAGCAAGCAGGCAGCUCAAACUCCCACACUAUCUAAACACCAACCUUUUCUGCGGCUAGAGCAAAGUGUGCUUCUGAUUUUAAUUUGGGGCGGAGAGGAGCUGUGGCCCCACGGUCAAAAAACAGGGAAACACCAUUAAACAAUCUCCCCCGGGUGAGCUCUCUGAAUGGCGGUUGUGGCACAAUGGGGCAGUGCAUUGGCUAUUAACCAGAUGGUAUGUUGGCAUGCAACCAAGGAAACAAGGGCAACUGGCAGGCCCCCAGCUGGCUCCAGCAGAGCUGUUUGCGGGUCUCUCAGCCGUCAGGUAGCCUCUGUUUAGAGGUGAAGAGAACGGCGAGAUUGAGAUGCUGGCACUUCGGGAUGCCAUUUUCUGCCCUCCGGAAGCGCAGCCCCAGGCUUGCACGUUGCAGCGAUUGAUUCUCAAACAGUAAUAAACCCGGAUUUAAUUGGCAAUAUCUAUCGGGAUACGUUGAUUUGGAGCGAUUCGGAAGCAGCGGGGUGCUAAAAGCAGACACACGUCUGUUCUUAAGGUUGAACGGAAUAUCGCAACAGGUUAGCGGUUUGAGCCCACCCAAUGAAGGCUGUGGGCAGGAUUCUUGCAUUGCAGGGGGUUGGACUAGAUGAACUUUGGGGUCCCUUCCAGCUCUACAGUUCUAUAAUUCUACGAUUCUAGUGUACCAGGCAAUAACUGUUGCUGAAGCAGACUCCGAGGGGUAGGAGAGCAUUUGCAAGACUUCAGGGUCCCUGAAAAGAAAUCAAGCUUGUGGUAGCACAAUGACUGUGCAAAUCGGUCCUCAGUUCUCUAGCGCUGCUUAGAUAUGGUCUUGCUCCGCUACUGCGGCCCGUGUUUUGUUAGCCUCAAAAUGGAAAAUGAGCAAGGGCCCAACCAAAGAAGAAUGGCAACUGAAACUGAUGGAAUACGCGCAGCUUGCAGAUUUAAUGUAUAGAAUAAGCGAACAAGAAGAAUGUACAUUUAAAGAAGGCUGGAAAAUGUUUACUGAAUAUAUGGGUGAAAAUUGUGUUCAUUUAAAAAUGCUAGUAGCAUUAAGAUGAAUUCAACAGUGUAAAUAAGUUUUGAUGGAUGUAACAAUGGAAUACUGAAUGGUUUAGUUCAUGUAAAAUAUGCAGGGUUGUAUGGCAUGCAAAAUGAACCAUGGAAAGAGAAGAAGGGAAGUCAGUGAUUUAAGGUUGUUUAAAUGAAUAUUUUGAAAUGUGGAUUUUCUAAUCCACAUUUCAAAAUAAUCAUUUAAACAACCUUUAAACUAGGGGGCGCAUUGGAAGAUGGCCGACAAUACCAUCUCUCCGACCCACACGGGGUAAUUGAGGCUGUUAUGGGAGUAGGCAGCCUCCCUUGUUGCCCCAAGGAAAUGGGGAACACUGCCCUUGCCUGCUGUGCCAUAAAUCACCCCCUAAUUCGAAAGAAGGCGGUGAGGGCCCUAGGGAGAAUGCCCCUGUGUGGACAACAGCUCUCCUGGACGCUGUCUCUGAUCGCGCACUAGUUGCAGCAAUUUGGAAUAAUUAAUUACAAAAGAAGCAAAUGCACAUAUUUCAAGUGAAGAAGGGGAGUGAAGUCUGCUAAUUUAAGUGACCUCUGCGAAAGAAGACGACGGCCUGGAGAAACAGGAAUAUUUUACGAUGAAGAUUCACCAAAGGCGGGGUAUGUUGACAACGGGGCUGAAGGGGGGGGGAACCUUUUUUACUUUCCUUCUAUGUGAUUUACAAGAACCCCUCCUCAUUAGAACCGUCGGUUGAACUGACCCAAGCAGGAUGAUUAAGGUCUGUGUGGAGAUAAACUUUAACCAAAAGUAUGCUUUAUGGAGACCGAGAAGCAAUAAGAACUUUAGGGAAUGGCGCAGCAAUUAAUUUGGAGUCACCAUCUUGCCAAAGAAUUUAUAGCCGGGAGGAAGAACGGAUUGUUUUCAGACUGCAUUCCUAGUGAAUCUCCUCAGAGGUUUUGAGAAAGGAGGCAGAUUGGUGAAGAUUAAUGACGCUAAGACUGUUUUGAUGUAUGGAAGUGAUGUUAUAUGGAAAACGUCUGGACAUGGCUACUGGAUAAAAAAAUUAAUAUCCACGUAGGAUUACAAACUGUUCUAACCAGCUUGCGGAGAUUAUCAGAGGUCACAAAGAGAAAGGAAAAAUAUAUGAAAAUAACAACAAGAGAUGUGGAAAAAUAAUAAGGACUGGAUAGUACUGUGAACCUCAUAAGGUUAGAUUUGUGGACAUUAAAACAGCAGUAAGAAGCAAGAAGUUGAUUGGAUCCCUUCGGAACUUGAAAUAUGGGUACCCCUAACAAAAAUUUAAAAUUCGGCUGUGUAAUUUGGAAUUUAUGUAAUUUGGUUUGAUUUGAUGUGAUUGGUCGGUUAAUAAAAAAUUAUUCAUAUAUAUAUAUAUAUAUAUACAGUGGUACCUUGGGUUAAGUACUUAAUUCGUUCCGGAGGUCCGUUCUUAACCUGAAACUGUUCUUAACCUGAAGCACCACUUCAGCUAAUGGGGCCUCCUGCUGCUGCCGCGCCACCGGAGCACGAUUUCUGUUCUCAUCCUGAAGCAAAGUUCUUAACGCGAGGUACUAUUUCUGGGUUAGCGGAGUCUGUAACCUGAAGCGUAUAUAACCUGAAGGUACCGAGGUACCACAAAUAAAUGGUCUUGCUCCGUUCUCUCAUUCUCCCAGUUCAGAAGGUGAGUCCUGCAGGAGCCCUAAAUGACUUUGGUCUUCUUACAGCUGGUGAAGACGGUGGAACUGGACCCGACAAAGAACUACGUCUUCGGUUUCCAUCCCCACGGAGUCCUGGUGGCUGGAGCCUUCCUCAAUUUCUGUACGGAGGCAACUGGGUUUUCCAAGAUCUUCCCAGGACUGACCCCUCAUUUGAUGAUGCUGAACCUCUGGUUCAGAAUCCCUUUUUUCCGCGACUAUCUGAUGAGUGGAGGUAAGAAGAGCUGUGGUGCUCAGGGCGGUUGAUACAAGCCAAUAUCUGGCUGGAGAGAGAGAGAGAGAGAGAGAGAGAGAGAGAGAGAGAGUCUGUGCUUUUGUAAACUUCCUGCACCUAAUAAUAAUAAUAAUAAUUUAGUUAUGCCCUGCCAGGCUCAGGGCAGCUAACACCAGUAAAAUUACAAUUAAAAAAACCCCAAACAAUUUAAAAUACAGGUUAAAAUAUAAUUCAAAAUGCAGCCUCAUUUUAAUAGUAGCCCAUAGAUCAAAACCGUAAGGGGAGGGAAACAUAAGGGUCAGACUGAGUCCAAACCAAAGGCUAGGCAGAACAGCUCUGUCUUGCAGGCCUUGCAGAAAGAUGUCAAGUCCUGCAGGGCCCUUGUCUCUUGUGACAAAGCUUUCCACCAGAUCGGGGCCAGUACUGAAAAGGCCCUGGCCCUAGUUGAGACCAAUCUAACCACCUUGUGACCUGGGACCUCCAAGGUGUUGUCAUUUGUGGACCUUAAGGUCCUCCGCGCGGCAUACCAGAUGCAGUAGCUGUGACCUUUCAUAUGUCAUUGGACUCCCAUCCUCCCCAAGCUCCAUCCAGCAUGGCUGUUUAGUCAGCGAUAACAACAACAACAACUUACCGUAUUUUUUGCUCCAUAGGACGCACUUUUUCCCCUCCAAAAAUGAAGGGGAAAUGUGUGUGCGUCCUAUGGAGCGAAUGCAGGCUUUCGCUGAAGCCUGGAGAGCGAGAGGCAUCGGUGCGCACCGACCCCUCUCGCUCUCCAGGCUUCAGGAAACUAUCCGCAAGCCUUGCAAGCCCGGUGGGAGUUCCCGCGGGCUCACAAGGCUUGCAGGCAGCAGCCUGCAGCCCCGGCGAGUGUCCGCAAGCCUUGCGCGCCCGGCAGGAGGUCCCGCCGAGCGCGCGAGGCUUGGGGCGGCAGCCUGUCGCCCGAAGCACGGGGCACCCUCCGGAGGGCUCCCCAUGCUUCGGGCAGUGUCUGCAAGCCUUGCGCGCCCGGCAGGAGGUCCCGCCGGCGCGCGAGGCUUCGGGCGGCAGCUUGUCGCCCGAGCACGAGGAGCCCUCCGGAGGGCUCCCGUGCUCGGGCGAGUGUCUGCAAGCCUUGCGCGCCCGGCAGGAGGUCCCGCCGGCGCGCGAGGCUGGGGCGGCAGCCUGUCGCCCGAAGCACGGGGAGUGUCUGCAAGCCUUGCGCGCCCGGCAGGAGGUCCCGCCGAGCGCGCGAGGCUUGGGGCGGUAGCCUGCAGCCCGAAGCACGUGAGGCUUGGGGCGGCAGCCGCGGGGGGGAAAUAAUUUUUUUUAUUCAUUUCCCCCCCAAAAAACGAGGUGCGUCCUAUGGGCCGGUGCGCCCUAUAGAACGAAAAAUACGGUAUUACUUAUACCCCUCUCAUCUGGCCAGGUCUCCCCAGCCACUGUGGGUGGCUCCCAACAAAAUAUUAAAAACAUGGUAAAACAUCAAAUAUUAAAAACUUCCUUAAACAGGGCUGCCUUCAGAUGUCUUCUAAACGUCAGAUAGUUGUUUAUUUCCUUGACAUCUGGUGGGAGGGCGUUCCACAGGGCGGGUGCCACCACCAAGAAGGCCCUCUGCCUGGUUCCCUGUAACCUCACUUCUCGCAGGGAGGGAACCGCCAGAAGGCCCUCGGCGCGGGACCUCAGUGUCCAGGUAGAAUGAUGGGGGUGGAGAUGCUCCUUCAGGUCUACUGGGCUGAAGCCGUUUAGGGCUUUCAAGGUCAGCACCAACACUUUGAAUUGUGCUCAGAAACGUCCUGGGAGCCAAAGCAAGUCUUUCGGUACCGGUGUUAUGUGGUCUGGGCGGCCGCUCCCAGUCACCAGUCUGGCUGCCGCAUUCUGGAUUAGUUGUAGUUUCCGGGUCACCUUCAAAGGUAGCCCCAGGUAGGCGCAUUGCAGUAGUCCAAGCGAUGAUGGGAGUUGUAGUCCACCAGUAUCUGAAGAGCCAGAGGUCCUCUACCCCUGCACCCAGGAGGCUUUCCAUUAGGUAAACUGAGGCACCACAAAGCCUUACACGUUUUGCACACAAAGAGUUUUGCAAAAAGAGUGUCUUGGCAUCCAUCUGCCCUGAGAGACAAUGGAGUGUGCUUCCAGGGGUUAAGUCAAACUCCUGGAGAAUACGGGCCUUGCUAUGACUGCAGAGACCAGUAGCUUGUAACUGCUGCCUCCUGCAUGAUUUUUGCAGCACUGAAAUUACUCAGGGUGCAAGCCUGGGCACUGUGUCUGUAGAUCCUGGACUGCCCAGACGACAAGAUCCCCUCCCCUUGGUCUCGCUGAUGUUCAAAGGGAAGGCAAGGAAUUCAUUUGGCACCAGCUUGGCUGCAGGGGUUGCUGGAAGAAGGCGAACAAGGCACCAUCUAACCAUCUUAUGGACCCAACUCUGAGUUUGUGUAAGGUUUACGCCUUACCCCUUAGCCUCAACCAGAGCCAGAGCCUUUUCAACACUGGCUCCGGCCUGGUGGAACGCUCUGUCUCAUGAGACCGGGGCCCUGCGGGAUCUGAUUUCUUUCCGCAGGGUCUGUAAGACAGAGUUGUUCCACCUGGCCUUUGGCUUGGAAUCAACUUGAUCCCCUUCCUUUCUUUCCUUUCUCCUUCUGUGAUGGAACUCCCAUUUGGGGACUUCCCUGGCUUUUUUCUGGCCCACCUAGGACCGGUCUGGACUGUUGGCCUUCAUGAAGAUUUGACAUUUUCAUUCCCAAAAAGUUUUUCGAUUUGAGUUUCUACUGAAAUGAGGCUGCAUUUUAAUGUAUUUUAAUCUUGUUUUUAUACCUGGUGUUAGCCGCCCUCAGCCUGGUCUUGGCUGGGGAGGGAGGGGUAUAAAUAAAAAUUAUUGUUGUUGUUGUUAUUGUUAUUCUCCUGAAGAUGUCCCGCAAAGGCAUUUGCCAAAUAAUAGUACUAUUAAUAACACUACAGUGGUACCUCGGGUUAAGUACUUAAUUCGUUCUGGAGGUCUGUUCUUAACCUGAAACUGUUCUUAACCUGAAGCACCACUUUAGCUAAUGGGGCCUCCCGCUGCUGCCGCGCUGCCACCGCGCGAUUUCUGUUCUCAUCCUGAAGCAAAGUUCUUAACCCGAGGUACUAUUUCUGGGUUAGCGGAGUGUGUAACCUGAAGCGUAUGUAACCCCAGGUACCACUGUACUGAUGGUUUUCAGGGAGCUUACUCUCACGUUUCCUGCAUUUCAUACCCAGGUUUAGUCCCAUCUGACAAGGAAACGGCUGCCAACGUCUUACGGAGGUCAGGAGGAGGGAAUGUCCUCAUCAUCGCUGUGGGAGGAGCGCGAGAAGCUCUGGACGCCCGACCAGGGGCUUUUACUCUGUUGUUGGCAAACCGGAAGGGGUUUGUUCGGCUAGCUAUACAUCAUGGGUGAGUCGUGGCGCGCUGUCGGGCGAAGGACUGCAUUGUGCAAAUCCCGUACAAAACAUUAACUCUGGUGGCACGGCUACCUGCAAGUUCAGGAGAGCAGUGAUGGCCCCCAACUUGGAGGGCUUUGAAAGAGGGUGAGAGAAAUUCAUGGAGGAGGAGAGAGCUAUUGAUGGCGCCUAGCCCUGAUGGCUCUGUAACUUUAUACAAGCGGUGAACCAUCAGGUAAAGCACAGCUCAUCAGGGAUCCAGGAAAAUCUCCUGCUUUUGCUUCCUGCCUUGGAUUGCAAAAGCAGUGUUGACAUUGGGCAAGUCGCCAUCGAGGGCAAGGGGUGGAGCCUCAGUGGCCCCCAAGCCUUGCUUUUUCGGGCUCAUAGGUAAAGGGACUCCUGACCGUUAGGUCCAGUUGUGGCCGACUCUGGGGUUGCGGCGCUCAUCUCGCUUUACUGGCCAAGGGAGUCGGCGUACAGUUUCCGGGUCAUGUGGCCAGCUUGACUAAGCCUCUUCUGGUGAACCAGAGCAGCGCACAGAAAUGCCGUUUACCUUCCUGCCGGAGCGAUACCUAUUUGUCUACUUGCACUUUGACGUGCUUUCGAACUGCUAGGUUGGCAGGAGCAGGGACUGAGCAAUGGGAGCUCACCCCGUCAUGGGGAUUCGAACCGCCGACCUUCUGAUCGGCAAGUCCUAGGUUCUGUGGUUUAACCCACAGUGGGGCCGCAUCAAAUUCAGGAUCCACUCCUAGACAGUGUUCCAAGUUGGGGUGGGGCUCAUUACCACUGGUAUAAACACUGGGUGUGCUUUGGGCAUUAUGAUGAUGACGCAACACCUUCUUUUCCAUUCCUCUGCCCCCUCCCCCAGCACUCCUCUUGUCCCCGUCUUUUCCUUUGGUGAGAACGAACUGUUCGAUCAAGUUGAAAACCCCAAGGGCGGCUGGCUACGGUGGAUCCAAGAGCGUUUGCAAAAGAUCAUGGGGAUCUCACUCCCCCUCUUCCAUGCCCGCGGGAUCUUUCAGUACAGUUUUGGGCUCAUUCCGUAUCGGCGACCGAUCCACACUGUGGGUAAGUCUGGUUGGGAGAGUAGCUAAACUGCAGCUGGGAAGCCAAAUCCUGUGCGAAGAUUACUCUUUUCUGGAAAUUAAAGCAGUGUCCAAACCAUGGGUAGGCAAACUAAGGCCCGGGGGCCGGAUCCGGCCCAAUCCCCUUCUAAAUCCGGCCUGCAGACGGUCUGGGAAUCAGCAUGUUUUUACAUGAGUAGAAUGUGUGCUUUUAUUUAAAAUGCAUUUCUGGGUUAUUUGUGGGGCAUAGGAAUUCGUUCAUAUGUUUUUUUCAAAAUAUAGUCCGGCCCCCCACAAGGUCUGAGGGACAGUGGACCGGCCCCCUGCUGAAAAAGUUAGGUGACCCCUGGUUCAAACACUUGUUAAAAUAUUCAAAAAAGCUUUCGCUUGCAGAACAUAUAGCUAAUGAAGAACAUAUGCAAAGUAUUUACAUUCACAUAGUUAUUCAAGCGUGGGCCUAGUUUUUCUUAGUUGAACAUUACGUAGGGUUCCCAUGUUUCAAAAAGUGAAAAUCCGGACACAAAAACUGUUGAGCUUUUUUGGAUAGGGAGGGGCCAGUUGAUGAGGGGUGGUUUUUUUUGCAUUUUUUCAAAAAAGAAGAAAAAGCUUUUGAGCUGUUUUGGGGGAAAUUCGCCAAAAAAUCAACACGUCCAACAGGGGUUGCCCAGGUUUUCCCAGACAUUUUAAACAAUGUUUGGAAUUUCUGCCCAGAUGCUAUUUCCGACGGACGAAUCCCAGAUAUGUCCAGGAAAUUCAGGAUGUAUGGAAGCCCUAGAUUACUGAUUCUUCCGUAAACAUUCAACCAAACUGUGUCUUUCUCUCUUUCCGCUCAGCCUUCUGUGGAAUAUCCAGCUUGGCCAUGCAGUUCCUUCUGUGAUGUUUCCACUUUCUCCUUCCAGUAGACCUCUCCUUACUGCUUCUUUGGGAGAACAUAAACUACUGCCCUUCUUUCCAUCACAUACAUUCGCACAGAAACAUUGUCAGACCUCUCCUUUAUUGCGAUUAGAGAGAGAGAGCGCAAUCUAACAUGGCCUCUUCUUCAGUGUUCAUGGAGCUGCAGCCAUGAGUCAAGUCACUUGCACAAAACCAAAUGGAGAAUGUAAUAAGACACCUCCCAUGUGACCAGAGUUAACCAAUCUCAUGAGAGUUACUGGGGAACGUUCCAGAAUGAAACACUCAGCAAGGCAUUUAAGCAUUCUCAAUUUCAGUAAAUUAAAACCACUUAAGCAAAGUCUGCUCAUGCCUAGAAAGCCUGGGUCUAAGCAGUUUUCCACUUCACGUUCUAAGUGUUUUCCCCUUGCCUCGUUCCUUCCCUACGGAAAACUCGCUCUUUAGUGCUACAUUGGAGCAAAUGUCAAUCCGGAGAAAACCCCAAUCGCCAUUUGCUCUGAUUGAGCACUAGAAAGCAGUUUUCCCUGGGGGAGAGCCGCAAGACGAGAGGAAGUGUGCAUAGGUCUUUAGCCAAGUCACAUUUUCCAAAACAAUGGGCAAACCAAAACGGUCAUUCUUCAAAAUCCACACACCUCCCAAUUUUUCAGUUCAGUUCUUCAGCCAAGUAAUGUGCAUAAUAAAUGCGCACACUUGCGUAAAACGCAAGUAGAAAUGUAGAUAUUUAUGAAAAUAGCAGACAAAAUUCAUUAUACAAAGCAGGCAUAGGCAAACUCGGCCUUCCAGAUGUUUUGGGACUACAACUCCCAUCAUCCCUAGCUAACAGGACCAGUGAUCAAGGAUGAUGGGAAUUAUAGUCCCAAAACAUCUGGAGGGCCGAGUUUGCCUAUGCCUGAUAUAAAGGGAUUGGCUUUGCAAAAACAUGUGCAUUGGGCAAAAUUACCUACAGAAAAGUGUGUACGGUAUAUUUGGAGUAAUUUGCACCAAAAUGCUGAAUUUUCAUGAGGACGUUAAAUGGAAAUAGCGGAAUGUGCGAAACUUAAGAUUGGAAAAGUGAGAGACAAAAGCAUUCAUUAGCUUAAAGACCCCCUUUUCCAACCAUAGCUGUCAACUUACAGAUUUGAAAAUAGGGGACCAACAGCCUUGAAAAUAAGGGAUCAGCAGCCAAAAUAAGGGACCUGCAGCCUCACCUGUUCCAGGCACUCCAGUCUUCCUGUCCUCCUGCAGUCUGGUCAAACUCAUGCUGGUAGCUCCGAGAACACUGUCCAACCAACUUUGUAACCAGAGGUUCAACUGAAUAGAAUCUGAAUCACAUGCACCACAAGGCCUAUGCAGCCUCAACUUAAGAUGGCUCCCCGGCCUGUCUUUGCACUGCAAAGUUUGCAGCAACACGUGCAACAAAAUGGCGUCCAGCAUUCAAAACCCCCUUCAGCUUGCAUUAACUAGCCACACACACACAGCCUCCCUCCCUCCCACGAGAUCUCCUUUCCUUCCCCCCCACCAUGUGCCACCGCUCCAGACAGACCUUUUCUCCGGCAAGGGUGAGUGGCCCUUCGAUGACGUAUCCCUCCGAUUCUGAUCUGAGCACUCAGCACAGGUAUGUUCAACUUCUGAGCCCCUCUGAGCCAAAGGCAGAAAGCCCAGCCAGCAGCCAAACGAAGCCUCAAGGAAAACCACCAUCACCUCUCCGCUGGGAAGCGCUGAGCAAAGGCGAGUCCCCAGGCAACGCAGCUGAUUUGAUCAGCACAAGGCAUGGAAGCUCCACCCCCCAGUCGUUCUUAGACUUCUUAUUGGGUGAGCAACGCAGCCAAGCAACACAGUUGGAGCCUCCCUCCUCCCUGGCCGGCAGGGAGGGAGGGAGAGGAGCUGCUUUCUUUGAAACCCGGGAAAUUUAAGGGACAUCAUCAAUAAGGGACAGCAGCGGGACACGGCGCUGGGAUAAGGGAGUUUCCUGCCAAAUAAGGGACGGUUGACAGCUAUGUUCUCCAACAAUUGGGGAUCCUACUUCUGCAACCAAGCACAAGCUCGUUUAAUACUAGUAAUGAUUCUCCUGCCUGAUGCUAAACACCGAGAGAACGUUUCUAGGACUGAAUUCACCGUGGCGCGGUAAUUAUCGCCGGAGCCGGCCACAAUAACAUCAGGUUAAUUCAAAAAGACAGUUUUGUACAGGUAACACCAUCCUCUCUGAUAGGAUUUGACAGGCAGUGGUUGCCCAUAAUUGUUUGACAGCUUGUUUGGACCUUCUCCGUGGUUAGACGGACUUUCGCCAACCUCUGCAGUGGAGGAGACACUUAAUGGGAUGUUGGUCGGAAACCGCGUUAGCCCAUUGUUGUCUGACAAACACAAUUAGCACAGCCUUUCAGAGGGAAGGCAGGCAAGUCUUUGCUGGAUUCCCAGCUGCGCCACUUCCUGGGGCCAAGCCCCAAACCCAGACAACUUUGGCUCAUCCUCCCCUCAAAAAAGCUCAACAGCUCUGGCUGAUUAUCUUUAUUGCAUUUAAAUAAAAAUACCAAAAAGUAUAAAUUAAACAUUACAUCCAAAUAUUCAAAAAUAGAAAGAAGAAAUACAUAAAAGGAAAAUAUAUAAAAAGAAAAUAAAAAGAAAAGAGAGGAGAAGAAAGAAAGGAAAAGAAAAAAAGAAAAAUGAUAAAUAAUAAAACACGAAAAAUAAUUAGUCAAGUGCACAAAAUCGUUCACAGGAUACAAACAGUACUUCGAAUAUUCUAUACGCCAGGUUCUACGAAAGAAAUACAUUUGUAAUCCUCCUUUUCUUUCUUUCCUUCCUUCCUUCUUUCCUUCCUUCCUUCCUUCCUUCCUUCCUUCCUUCCUUCCUUUUUUCUUUCUUUCUUUCUUUCCAGUCACUUUCUUUCUGAUCCAGAAAAGUAGUCUGAAUCCCUGCUAUAUUAUUUGAAUUCAGCCUGAUCUUUUAUUUCCCUUCUCUUCCCUCCCGUUCCCCUUUUAUGAAGAUAACCCGCUCUGAGACCCCACAGCUAAUUCUCCCCUGGCCUCCUCGCUGGCCCAGCUAGGACCAAUUCAGCCAGCUAGCCUUAUCUAAUUGAUUUUUGAUUUUUGAUUUUUAUUGUUAUUCAUGUUUUUAUACUGUAUUUUAUGCUGCUUUUAUAAUUAAGUGUUUUAAAUUUGUUGUUAGCCGCCCUGAGCCCAGUUUUUGAACCGGGAAGGGCGAGGUGUAAAUAAAUUAUUAUUAUUAUUAUUAUUAUUAUUAUUAUAUUAGUUGAUUUCCCUCUAUCUCUUUGCGGCUUCAACACUUCUCUUAAGUGACAAAUAUUCUGCAUUCAUUUAAUAGUAUCCGUUUCCCCCCAUUAUAUCAGUGAAAUUAAUCUAACCACAACCCAGUAUUAUUUUUGGAACCAUAUUUUGUCAGGUAGUUUUUAAAGCAACCCCAUUCCUUUUUUACCUUAUCGCCUGAGUUUUCUUAACCACUCUUUGCUGUCUUUCCCUCCCCACUCGCCCGCAGUUGGAAAACCCAUCCAAGUUGAGAAGCGCCCCAACCCCAGCCAAGAGGAGGUGGACAAGUUGCACGAGGUCUACAUGGAGGAACUCUGCAAGCUCUUUGAAGAGCACAAGUUGAAGUACGGCGUCCCAGAGGAUAAGCACCUUUCUUUCAUUUGAAACAAGGAAGCCGCCCUUCCCAUUCCCUUGCCCAC